UCGGUCGUGCUUUGAGUUAUCGCAAUCUUGAGCUGAACGUUGCGCCGAGUCUCGUCAGUGGAGAGCGUAGGCAGUUUGUCCGUCGAGCGACGGCGUGACCGUUCGGUUUUCACCAGCUUGGUCUGAUGUUUUUUGAAGACUUCUAUGAUAUGGAAAAAAGUCAUUUUGCUCCUUCAUAGACUUUAAUCUGCAUCCUGGCAGUUUUUUCGUCUUGGGCGAAUUCAGCUAAUUCUGAGAAUCCAGUUUCCUACGUUGAAUUCGCUUUGGCACUGAUUGGAAAGCAAGACCAGCUUGUUUCACUCCCAUCCGCUUAGUGUAUCUGCUAACAGUCAUGGCGUCAAACACUAUGGCUGGAUCCGGAGUGUGAAAAUUGUCUUUACAAUUUGGCAUCAGAUAGAAGCUUCAGAACUGCAAGGCUGCUCUUUGUCUUUGAAAAUCUCCUCCGAUCUGAAUAAUCUCUACUACCUUUAAAUUCAGGUCUGGUAUGAAAUUCAUGAAGCGCCAAGUCUGCAGUACUUCAGCAGUCAAGCAUAUCUGAGCAAUAGAGCAUCGCAGCAUUUAUGGCACUAGUCAAACCAUUAUUCUGCAACUUCUAGUAAUCUUUUAGCCGAAUCGGUAAAAUUGGCCUGAUUUGUUCCAAGGAAGAAAUGAGCAAAGGAGAAAUCUUUAUCAAAAUUAGAAUGAAAGCACGAUUCUUCUAAAUUUCAAAUGAAUAAUGAGUGGAUCAAGAUAUCAUUCCAAGUAAAUUCUAAAGAAAAUGCACGAAUUUGAAUUUCUCCGUGUUGCAAGAAUAAAGGAAUGGUCUUCAAAAAUUUCAAGUCAGCAUCUUUUGGAUAUCGCAUGGAGUAUGAAGCAAUAUCCAAGGGAAAAUAGCAUGUUUUCCCUUUUGGACGAAGGGAGCUAUUUCAACGAAUUGCUCCCAAACAAGUAUUGUGUAUCUUAGUACGUGCCGGACCAGAUCACCAUUUUUUGAAUUCAAAAGGCGAAUAGCUGGUAUUAACAGGAUUCGAUCCGGUGCCGAAGUUGCUGAAAAGGAAACCUACGGACGCUCUAACGCGAGAGCAUUUCCCAAAGAGUAGUCGGCACGGGAGAGGACUCCAGCUAAAAAGCCGAACCCGCAUCGUUUACCAGCUGAAUGGCUUUUCUCCCCUCUUCACCCAUUGGUUGAGGAUCCCUUGUGGGCGGAGUAAGAUUCCACGUGCUGUUGUACAUCGGAGUCUCGCUAAAAACCAGUCAGUGAGAGGUGAUUGCCGUCAUAAUAAACUGGUGUCCUUCUAACCGGCGCUUACCAUGUGCGAGGGAAGACUGUUUACCCGGUUAUUACCUUUCAGCGGAUUUGAUCGCUAUCUUGGAUAUGACAUGGACUUUUAAUCGUGGUUUGACAGUGCCUUCUAAAUAUUUCUGAGAGUCUUUCAAAUCCAGUGACAAAAUCAUGGCUAGCUAUUCAAAUCCUUGGAGAAUCUUUUUGGUUUUAUUGAUCCUUAACCUUACAAAGAGUUUGGCGAAUGACGGGAACAGUGAUUGUAUCAGUGAUAAUACAGGCGGACAGGAUGAAUUGUCUGUGAAAUGCAUGGUGCAGAAUUUAAAUGACGUUUUUGACAAUUUCUCGUCAAUCCAGCCAGAUCGCGUUGUGAAGUUGAAAGUGAUUUGUGAUAAUCGUCCUUUCCAGGUCAAUAGCAAACCAAACUCCCGCUUUAAUGAUGAUCUCGACGACUUGGUUAAUAAUACUUUUGGGCUGCUGAAGAACUUACGUGAGCUUGAGAUAGAAGACUGCACACUGACAUCUAUACCUCCAUUGGCAUUUAAUGGCGUGUCGCAGUUAAAGAAUCUGACCAUUCGAUCCAGAAACUAUCGACAUGGAAAAACUUCACUGCAGUUAUCGGCAGAAACAUUCUCUCAGUUACAACUUCUGGAACAUUUGGAUAUUGGGGAAAAUAACAUAAAUCAUUUGCCUCAAACACUCCUUUGCCCAUUGCGUCGACUGGAAACUUUGAAUUUGACUUUAAAUAACCUAUCAGACAUAUCUAGCGUGGGUCUAUCAGCUGGCAGUCGUGACAAUGUAUUAUGCCUUGUGGAUGUGCAACGUGUUCGUCUGUCGCAUAAUAGAAUUAAGGUGCUAACAAGUAAAGGAUUUGCUGCUGUCAAUCAACUAAAAGAACUUCGUUUAGAUCACAAUUCAAUAUCCAGAGCUGAAGAGUCGGCUCUUCAUGGCUUGGAUAAACUUAGAUUUCUCGACUUAUCCAGUAAUCAAAUUGUUGCUCUACCUCCUCUUGUUUUGAGAAACUGUGAGGAAUUAGUUGAACUUUAUCUUCAGAACAACUCCAUUAGUGUUUUACCUCCUGGAUUGUUUACAGGUUUGCAGCAGCUUCAAAUACUUGAUCUGAGCCAUAAUGAGAUAACAAGUCAUUGGCUAGGAUCAGAUACAUUUGCUGAUUUGAUUCGAAUGACGACAAUGGAUGUUAGUUAUAAUCGACUCACACAAAUUGAUUCCACUAUAUUUCGCAGUCAAUAUAGUCUCGAAGUCCUGCAUUUAGACCAUAAUGAGAUUGAAGUUAUUUCCGAUCAUGCAUUUUCAUCUCUCUAUAAACUGCAUACUUUGGUCCUUAACAAUAAUAGAUUAACUCGAGUGACACCUACAAUGUUCAGUGGAUUAUAUGUCUUAAACAUGCUAUCAUUAAGUCAUAAUGACAUCAGUGAUGUACACCCAGAUGCCUUUCGUAAUAACAGCGCUGUGAUGGAACUAAGUUUGGCUAAUAAUAAGCUGACUGCAGUACCAACUGCCGUCCAGUCCUUUCAAUUGCUUCGAAGUCUUGAUUUAUCCAACAACAGAAUAUCGGAUAUUCACAAUGCUAGUUACCUUGGAUUAGAAAAUUUAUAUAGCUUAGUUCUUAGCGGAAAUAAAAUCGGAAAUCUUACUAAAGGGGUAUUUGAAGAAUUACCAUCUUUGCGGAUUUUAAGUUUGGCGAAUAAUGAAAUUGAAUAUGUUGAAACAAGCACGUUUGAUGACGUAACAUACUUACAUGCACUGAGGUUAGAUUCAAAUUUCCUUCCUGAAGUCAAUGGAUUAUUUAGCAAUCUGCAUGAUCUCAUGAUGCUUAACAUAUCAGCAAAUCGAAUUGAAUGGUUUGACUACGCAUUGGUACCUAUUGGUUUGCAAUGGCUUGAUAUGCAUGACAAUCAAAUAGAGUUGCUGGGCAACUAUUUCGAAUUGGAAGGCGUACUUAAACUCCGUACUUUAGAUGUAUCUAAAAAUCACAUCGUUGAAAUAGACUCCUCUUCGUUACCUAAUGGCAUUGAGAUAGUUUUCUUGAAUGAUAAUCGCAUUAAGAUUAUCCAUCCUUUUACAUUUAUGGGAAAACCAAAUCUUACUAGAGUAGAUUUAACCAGGAAUCUGUUGGAAAAUCUGGAAGUGAAUGCUUUUAGGCUUACAGAAGUACGAAAUCGAAAACCUUUGCCUGAAUUCUCAAUAUCAGAGAAUCCCUAUUUAUGCGACUGCAAUAUGGAAUGGAUACAAAGAAUAGGUUCUCUGGAUGAGUCUCGACAGUAUCCUCGUAUUGUUGACAUUGAGGACAUUUCCUGCCAGUUAACUUUUAAUCGUAUGCGAACAGCUGUAAAAAUUGUGCACGCACAUUCCUCUCAGUUCCUUUGCCGUUAUAAGAAUCACUGUUUUGCACUUUGUCAUUGCUGCGAAUUCGAUGCGUGUGACUGUGAGAUGGUGUGUCCUGAAAACUGUACAUGCUUUUAUGACCAGAGUUGGAACACUAAUAUUGUGGACUGCAGCUCACAAAAUCACAUUUCUGUCCCUCGUCGUAUACCAAUGGACGUGACAGAACUGUAUCUAGAUGGGAACGAUAUACCUUCACUCUCAAGUCACACAUUUAUUGGAAGAAAGAACAUGCGUGUUUUGUACAUGAAUAAUAGCAAUGUACACAUGAUAAACAAUCGGACAUUCAAUGGUCUUAAAUCGUUGCACACAUUAUAUUUGCAACAUAAUCUCAUAGUUGCCUUACAUGGAUAUGAGUUUGAACGCCUUGUGAAUCUUCGUCAUUUGUAUUUGUCGUAUAAUCGAAUUAAUGCUAUUGGAAAUUCUACUUUUGUGCAUUUAAAAUCUCUUGAAGUGUUGCAUUUAGAUCAUAACUACAUAGUGGAAUUCCAGGUUUGGAAUCUAAACCAAAACGCAAAACUAGUCGAUAUACAGCUUGCCCAUAAUCCAUGGGCGUGCGAAUGUCAAUUUGUGGGAGAUUUUACAAUCUGGUUGCAAUCACGAGCUGACUUAGUACACGAUGUGUACAACGUAAACUGUGUAUAUAAUGAAACAUCUACCUUGCCAUUAGUCGAGUUUAACAUGACGAUGUGCACCAAUGUCUCAGUCACAUCUCCUAGCUACAUCCAGUCUUUCUAUGUGAGUGAAUUCAUGCCUGUGUUCAUCAUAGUAGCUUCUGUUUUAGUAUUAUUAAUUAUAGCUUGUGUACUUGUUUUUGUGUACCGAAAAAGAAUGCGAGUGUGGUUUUUUUCGAAAUAUGGAGUUCGUAUUUUCAGUACGGAUCCCAGAGUUCGAAAUGAGGAUAAUAAACUCUUUGAUGCUUUCGUGUCCUAUAGCAAGAAAGACGAAUCUUUCGUAGCGCAAGUAUUAGCCCCUGAAUUAGAGUAUGGAAAUCCUCACUAUCGACUGUGCCUUCAUUACAGGGAUCUUCCAGUCAGCAAUUACCUAACCGAAGCCAUCGUUGAGGCUAUGGAGAGCUCUCGCAGGACAGUUCUUGUCCUGUCCGAAAAUUUCAUCCGCAGCGAAUGGUGCCGUUAUGAUUUGAAAGCGGCCCAUCAUGAAGUCCUUAGGACGAACAAGAACGAACUUAUUGUGAUUCUGAUCGGCCCACUGUCUCAGCAUGAUUUGGAUCCAGAUCUAAGACUGUGGUUAAAAUCUUGUACUUUUCUCAGAUGGGGCGAUCGGAGGUUUUGGGAAAAACUUCGCUAUGCCCUUCCUGACAUCAGAAACAGGAGAUCUGAUCGAUGUCACGAUAAUGAUCAUUCGGUCUCUGUUCAUAUAUAAACACUACUGUAAAUAUAUUCCCUCAUUGUGAUCGAAAUUGUUACUUAUAAACGGCAUUCACAUGCACACUAAAAAUGUGCAAGUCUAGUAGUGCAACUUGAAUCUAGUGCAAACCCUCUGUACUGUGCAGAGGUACAGUUGUAAUAUUUUGUGUUUAUUAUGUCAUGUGUUUGGUGCUGUUCCAGUGGAUAUGUUUCAAACGGCAAUUCCUGUAGAUAUGUAUAAUGAGUGCAUAUAGUAGAAAUGCUUUUACUCCGUAGAAUACAUUUUGCUUUUCUUUCAAAGGAUAUGUGAUAUUCAUAGAUGUUUCUUCGAAAUAAGUGUGAUUUUAGUUUCUUCUAGGGCAGUGGUCUCAUUUUGAUAUAAGAUUCUCAUAUCUUUUAAAAUGAUAUUUUUCUUGAUUGUCAAACAAUAUGCACUUCAAAAAUAUUGAAGUAAUAAUUUCAUAGAAAGGAUCGUUGAAAUAAUGCACAGAAAGUUAAACCUUCUCCAGUGAUCAUUAUUAAAAAAGGAAUAUACCAUAUUAAAAGUUAUUGCAUAUUGUCCUAUAUCUAAUGUCUAAUCACGCCAUACAUUACCGUCACUAUUUUCUAAAGAUAUUUGUCUAUCCCAUCGAUGUAUAUGACAGGUGUUACUAAAUUGUUGUGAAUAGAUUUAGAAUCAAUUGUUUUUCAUCACUUUCUUCUCAUGACACUGUUAACAGCAAUUUUAAUUUUGUUUUGAAAUAUCGAAUUUUCUUUGACUAUAUGAUUGCAAAAUUGUAAUGGGUAUGAUUGAAAGGAUUUUUCUAUGACUUAAAUUUUUUUCAUUUGGAAAAGCAUCUAUUUUAAGAACCAAUUCUGCUACUCUGCAGACGGAUGUAACAAAUCAUAAUUUUUUGGCUUCCUUUUUUUAUUUUAAAUUACUGAAAAUUUGAAAUUUUAAAAUAUUUUUGUGAUAACACUAUUUUGAGUGGAUUAAUGCUAUUAUAAUUAGCAAUGAUAAAAAUUUUUAUUAAUUUUUUGCAAGCUUUUAGAAUUAAUGUGAAAGUAUUUUUUUAAACAUAUUUGCGGAUCUUGUUAUUGAUCUGAUUCUGUAACUGAUUUUUAUAAGCAUUGUCUUCAAAAUAAGUAUAUGCAGAGCCUUUUUGUAUGUGUUAAACAUUGUUCAAAUAAUAUACAUUGAGAUUGGUGCUUAAUUGAUUAUCUUAAUACGAAAGAAUAGUUGCACUAUUAUUGCGGAAGGAAUACUUAUUGUAAACUCAAUAAUUCUUAUUUAAUUUUUUUCUGCUUUGCAAGUUUGCUAAAUUUUAAUAUUGCAAAUAAAUGCGUAUUUUAUAUAUAUUGAAUAGAUAAGAGCAGUAUUAACCUAAUUGCUUUAUAAUUUGAUUUGGUUCAACAGGAUUUUUUUUAACACAAAAAUAAUGUUGAAUAUUUCAUAUUUAAAUUUUAAUGGAUUUUUUUAAAAUUUAUUAUUAGAAAGCCAAAAAAAAAAAUCACGGAGACAUAGUGGUAGAUCCACUCGAUUUUAUUAGUGUAACGUCUCUGCCGUAAUACUUUCCCAACGCUGAAAAAUAUUACAUGAGACGUUAAAUAAAAUUUAAAAUAUUUUAAAUUUUUCGCUCUCAUUUUCGUUUGCGCAAUUUGUAUUCUCAUAUAAUUUAUUUACGUUUAUUGUAAAUAAUAAAGAUUCCAUUGUGGUAUCCAUUUGUUAUGGAUUUCUAUUUUCUUUCCUUUAGGUUUUUUUCUUUCUUUUAAUCUAUUUCUUUUUAUUAUUAUAAUUUGAAGGAAUAUUGGUGAAAAUUUUCGAGAAAUUUUCGUAGAGCUAUUAUCCACAAUGAAACUGAAUUUUUCUGUGGAUAAUAACGAUAAAAUUAAACAAGUUAACUUUCAUUUCUAAUUGAACAACUCUUCUUCGGGAUUGCAGAAUACAAUGUCUUAUUAUGUUUAUUUGUAUGCAGUUCUUUCAAGUUUUCAGAUCAAUUUAUAAAAUAAAAUGGAUUUUCAGUGUUUUCUCUUUAAUUGGCGUUUUUAUGCAACUGAAUUUUAUGAGCUUAAACUAUUAUUUAAAAAGAAACCAAAUGUUUACUUUAAAUUUAUUUUCAAAAUGAGCUAUAUAGUGAACGCUGUUUAAUUUUGGUGAAGAUUUCCAAAGAAGUAUGAAUUCAAAUACUUAAAAAAAUUUUAGUCAUUCAUGUUUCAGUUUCACUAAUUUUCGUUCAAUUUACUGUUACCCAUUUUAGACUUAUUUUAUUGUAAAGAAUUAUCUUUCAGUCAUACCCAUUUCAAUUCUGUUGCACACUAUUACGUAGCUUAGUGUGUAUGUAGCUUAGUACUCACUGUGUACAGCAAAAUAUUCUAUUUAGCAUACACAAUGUACGAAGAAUACACAAAACAUUAUGUAAAACGUUGAUGGUCUGUAUUUUUUUAAGUAGAUUAAAUUUCACCUGUCCAUGAUGAAUCUAAUGACUUGUAAGUAGUUAUUUAUUUAUUAAAAUUCUGAAACACUUUAUGAUAUCUGUUUUAAUUGUGUUUCUUCUCUAUUCUUUUGAUUCAAAACAGCAAAAGGUGAUAGAGUUUGAAUACUGGGAAAGUUGAAAUUAAGUAGCUCAAAAUUUAUAUUUUAACCAAUGCUGAAAGAAAAUUUCACUUGCCGAUACAGUAAGUCAAUGUAUUUAAUACACACCAUUUCUAGUCAUUUAACUCCUUGAUUGGCAAGUCAGAUAACAUCUUCUGUUUAAGAAACGUAUGUAUGCAGAAGUCAGCUGUUUGUUAAAAUAUUUUGGUUUUAGUUUCUGCUUUUCUAAAAUUUUAGUUUUCAAAAGUUGGUUAUUUGAUGCUCGUACUUGAAUUUUAAAGGUAUAUGAAACGGUAAAGUAACGCAUUAAAUCAUUGGUAUUGCUUUUCAAUCGUUUAUUUUUUAAUGUUAAUCUAAGAAUAAUUUUUAAUGAAAAAAAUUAUAUAAUAAAAAUUGUCGCAUUGUUAUGAAAAUAUUUAUACCAUUUCAAUAAUUUUCCAGUGUUGAAACUCCUUUAGCAUGCAAACAUUAUACUUAAAAAAAUCAAAUAAUAUUAAAAUUUGCAGUCUCCUACGACUGGAUUUUCAGAAACAUAAAUACCGGUAAGUUUUUUUCAAUUUUAAAGGUAAAAUCAGAAGAAAUUGAAUUAGUUUUUAAAUAUAGUAAUGACUCAUUUUUGAACGUACACGAGCUUUCAUUGAGGUAAGUUAAUUGUAACAUUUCUUUUAUCUACGUCACAUUUUCAUCGCUGUGAAUGCAUUGCAAUAUUCAUAAAUCUAAUUGUACAGAAAACUUAUCAACAGCAAUGUCAUGUAAGUUUUAUACAAUUAAAUACCACUGAAUAUCCUCCCACAUCAGUUACUAAAGUAAGAAUUUUAGUUCAAAAUAUGGAAUUCAGUUUCCUGAUAUUCCUUGUACCUGCAUUAUUUAUCUUUUCACUUAAUUCCAAUUUAAACAUCGAAAAAUAAGAAACGUGAAGCUAUGAGAAGAUAUUUAUACUUUUACAUGUUUAAAAGACUAUGAAGACACCAAAAUCCAGGCCUUUUAAGGAAAACUUUUAUGACUUUUUUUUAUUAAAAAUUUUAACAUUGUAGAUGGUGUGUGCUAAGUAAUAUGAAAGAAUUUAAUAUAAACUUUUUUUAAUGAACUCUGAUUAUUUUUUA